AUGGCCCAAGAUUGUAUAAACGGAGCACGCCAAUUAGAAGCUGGGAAGCCGGACAAUCAGCUCAACACUCUGUCCGGUCGUUCGUACGACGAGAUCCAGGCCUUCUUCUAUGAUCAGCAGACCGCUGAAAUGAAGGCUCAGGGAAAAGAGUUUAGAGCUUAG